CCGAUUUGAGCCCUUUCCGCGCCGAUCAUUGAAUAUCUCAAAUAUUCCUCGGAAGCAAGUCAAGAUGGUCAGACGAUCAGGUCGCCAUUCGAACGUGCAAGAAUCUGCUUCAGCGCCUUCGAAAAAGGUUGCGACACAUAAGCGAGCUGCUUCACAGACCGAAAUCAAAGCAAAUGGCUCCAAGAAAGCCAAAAAGCUUCAAGCUACCCCAACGAAAAGCCAAUAUUUCCACUCGGAUGAUGACAAAAGCGCGGAUUAUGGUGAAGAUCAGCAAAGCAUCGAGCAACCAACGACAGACGAUGAUCCUGAUGAAUCAGACUUUGUGGAUGAGAGCGUAUCGGUAGCAUCUGAAAAUGCAAGUGCCUCGGAAGGCGAGAUCGACGACAGUGAUGACGAGCCGACACCUCGCAAGCGCAAGGGUAAAGGCAACCCUUCUCCUGGUACUUUGCGAGCCAGUGAGAGCGAGGUCUGGAGAAGUGGUGUCAAGACCGGUCUUGGUCCUGGUAGGGAGGUGAUCAUCAAAAGACCAAAGGCAAGACCUGCAGGGAAAACACCGUAUGAAGACGCUACGAUUCACCCGAACACCCUCCUCUUUCUAGACGAAUUAAAGGACAACAACAAUCGCGAGUGGUUGAAAAUGCAUGACGCCGAUUUCAGAGCUUCUGAAAAGGAUUGGUACAGCUUCGUUGAGAAACUUACCGAGAAGCUCAUCGAGGUCGACGACUCUAUUCCAGAGCUUCCAGUCAAAGACGUGAUCUUCCGGAUAUACCGAGACGUCCGAUUUUCGAAGGACCCGACGCCAUACAAACCGUACUUUUCUGUUGCUUGGUCGCGAGCCGGCAGAAAGUCGCCAUAUGCACAUUACUACUUGCAGAUUGGAGCAGACAAAAGUUACAUAGGGGGUGGAAUCUGGCAUCCAGAUGCAGAUCCUCUGGCUGCGUUGCGCCGCGCCAUCGAUCGGGCACCCAAAAGGUUCAAGGAGGUCCUGCGCGAUCAAGGCAUCCGCCGGGAAUUUCUCGAAAACGUGGGCAAAACUGAUGCACAGGUGGUGAAAGCUUUUGUCAAGACCAACUCAGAGAACGCGCUGAAGACCAAGCCGAAGGGAUUUAAUGGUGACCACCCAGAUAUCGAUCUGCUUCGGCUCAGAAAUUAUGUCGUAGGACGCAAGCUCUCGACCGACGAGGUCCUCGGCACAGCUGGAAUGGAGCGAAUCACCAGUUUACUGGCAUGCCUAAAGCCGAUGAUAACCUAUUUGAACUCUGUGGUGAUGCCAGAUGAGCAAGAAGAAAGCGAGAGCGAGGCUGGAAGCGACGAUGACGGCGACGAUGAGCCUGAGUCUGAGAAUUCCGAAUGAGAUCAUUCACGAUUUGGGAUGAGUCUGGUUCCAUGUGGGAUGGCGAGUGUCUCGCUACAAAGAUGAACUGCGCCAGGAAAAAUUCCGGAUGUUCUUCCGGAGAUUCCGUGAAUACUGUAUAUAUUGCGGACUUCGACACGCUCGACAGUCUUGUAUAUUCGCAGUCACAUGAACAUUAUCGGAAAUAACGAGGAGUCCAGUUGGGCAACCAUGGAGACAAUCUCACAUCAGUGUACCUGCGCAUUGAACCGCAGUAGUCACCGGCA